CAGACUUUUGUUGAUUUUGCGGUUGGAGAGUCAGCUUUUAGGCUUAGGAAAGUAGCGGAUAAAGGAAAGGAGGAGGGGACAGCGAGGGGGAUACAUUUGAACAUUUAGUUAUAUUUGUUUUCUCACCCUCGACGCCAUCGUGGUGUACUUUGAAUAGUCUUCAUUAAUAUCUUGCGCGUAAACGUUUUGCGUAAAGACGCGGUCUGGAAAUCUUACUCUGGCCUAAUAUGCUAGUUCGUUUUUCGCUGAAGACAAAAACACUUGUCUCCUAGCCGAGAGUGAAAUGAGCCCUGAGACGAUCUCUCUACCGGUCCUAGUUGCGUCUGGAGCAAUCUGAGCACAAAGCCAACACCAGAUAAGUCCAAAGACUUGACACCGUUGUUGUUACCUUGAGCGUAUUCUUUUCAAAUAUAGGUAAUAAAACCAGUGUGUGUUAUGUGAUGUUGUCAGUAGGGGGUUUAAUACAUACUGCUCCUAUAUUUGCCCGAGUUUAAUAGUCUCUUCUGUAGUCUGCAUUCCACCUCCACUGGAUUGCAACAUCCUUCCAAACUGGAGCCUGUCCAGCAAGUCUGAAAUUUGAGUUUAUAUCUUGGGGCCAUUUAAUAUACCUUGUAGUAUCUAAACUCAUUCUUAUUCACAACUGUAUUCUUCUCAGAUUUGCAAUUGUAUUAUAGGCCUUUUAGAUGGGUCCUUUUUAGAGGCUAAAAUGUACACUGUACAUAACUGUGCAUAACUUGUUUGAUCUCUCUUUUUACAACUCCGCCCAGGGCCUUUGGUACACCAUGUGCCCCAUCUUGGUCUACAAAGCAGGUAGACCUUUAAACCCCUGUCUGAAAAACAUUUCUGCUUGGCACAAAAAAAAGCAGUCUCUGUGCACAUACUGUGGACUCAGCAGGCUGGGCCAGUGAGCAGAAGGACCUCCUGAUUUUGUUUUGGAGUGGACUAGACUACAUAACUCACUGAGUGAAGUAUUUAACUCACAGAGGGGCAGCACUGUACGGGAAAUGAAUGGGAAAUGCAUACAUGCUGGGCCAUUUUAUCUCCUGCACUCAAUUACUCCUCUGUGGCCUUCUUGCUCUCUCUCACUAUUUCUCUUUCCACCAGAGCCCAUUGCCAUCACACACUGUUUAUCAGUGUCUGGCUGAUUGUUUGGGGUGGGUUUCCUGCCUGGCCCUGUAUGCUUUGUUUUUGAUAGAACCGAAACAGCCACUCACAACCGCCCCGGGCUAAGUGCCAUUGGCCUUCAGAGCUGGACAUUGAGCCUGUUAACAGCAAGCCGUGACCUUUUAACUCUAGCUGCCACCACUCUGUUUGGGGAGAGAGUGGACUUUGUCCGGCUGUUGUGAUGCUGGUGGAAAGUGAGAGUGUGGACUUGGCUGGAGUGCGCUGUCAUCUAAACAGCUCCUCUUUAUGGGUUUAAAAUGAGCCCUGGUCGCCGUCACACUGGAUGUGGCUCUGUUGCCUGCCUUCGUCCCUGACUGGGCAUAUUUUUGAAUUUGAGAGGGUAAACUGCUGUUCUGUGUCUGUGUGCUCUGCAUAACUGAUGUGUCGCCAAGACGGAUUCAGAGACAGAGUAGAGACUGCACCGUGAGGAGUACGGGUUGAGAGCUUUAACUUCCUCGGUGUCCAAAUCACUAAGUACUUAAAAUGGUUCACUGACUUGCACAGUCGUGAGAAAGGCGCUGCAGCUCCUCUUCUCCCUCUGGAAGUUAAAGGUUUUACAGCCGCUCCAUUGAGAGCAACUUGACUGGCUGCAUCACUGCUUGGUAUGGCAACAGCACCGCCAUCGAUCGCAUGGCGCUGCAGAGGGUGGUGCGGACAGCCCAGUACAUCACUGGGGCUGAGCUCACUGCCAUCCAGGACCUCUAUAUCAGGCGGUGUGAAAGGAAGGCCAUGAAAAUCAUUAUAGACUCUAGCCAGCCAAGCCAUAGACUGUUCUCUCUGCUUCCGCACGGCAAGCAAUACCAAUGUAUCAAGUCUGACACCAACAGGCUCCUGAACAGCUUCUAUCCCCAAGCCAUGAGACUGCUAAAUAGCUUAAGGAAUGGCUGCACAGACUGAGUUGACCCUUUUCUUUUUGUACUGUCUCUAUGCACACUCACAGGACUCUACACGCACACUGACACUCCCAACACACACAUAACAUGCACACAUUUGUACUGACUACGCAAACACACUCACAUACAAUCACCAUUUACAUUGCUGCCACUCAGUUUAUCAUAUAUCCUGAUGCCUAGUCACCUUCCCCUAUACAUUCACUAUACAUACACCCUAUUGAACACCUUUGGGAGGAAUUGGAACGCCGACUGCGAGCCAGGCCUAAUCACCCAACAUCAAUACCCGACCUUACUAUUGCUCUUGUGGCUGAAUGGAAGCAAGUCCCUGCAGCAAUGUUCCAACAUCUAGUGGAACGCCUUACCAGAAGAGUGGAGGCUGUUGUAGCAGCAAAGGGGGGACCAACUCCAUAUUAAUGCCCAUGAUUUUGGAACGAGAUGUUCGACUGGCAGGUGUCCAUGGCACAAUCCAUCACCACUAUGAGCUCAUUAUGGCUCUCCCACAGAGCUCGGUGCAGGACCGGGGGGAGGAGGUGGAGGAGGGGGCCAUAUACAAUGUGACACUGAAGAGGUGCCAGAUCCAGCAGGCUGCCAACAAGGGAGCAAGAUGGCUGGGGGUGGAGGUGGACCGGCUGCCUCCCGGCCACACUGUGAGCCAGUUGGAAACCUAUAAGAUCCGGAGUAUCCGGGCGGGAACGCUGGAACGUCUGGUGGAGACCCUGCUGACUGCGUUUGGGGACAAUGACCUCACCUACACCAACAUCUUCCUGUCCACAUACCGCACCUUCGCCAGCACGCACACUGUGCUGCAGUUGCUGCUAGACAAGUAUGGAAUUCCAGAGGAUAGAGAAGGAAAGAUUGAGCGAUGUAGACCCUUUGAAACCAAAGGAGCCAUUCGAACUGCCCUGGCCUCCAUCCUGCGAGUCUGGCUGGACCAGUGUCCAGAGGACUUCCAGGAGCCUCCAUCCUACCCCUGCCUCCACAAAGUGAUGGCCUACCUACAGAGGGCCAUGCCUGGAUCGGAGCCCAUGCAUAAAGCCCAGAGUCUACUGGAGCAGCUGAAGGCUGAGGCCAGUCUGGAUGUAGACUCAGAGGGGUUUUCUGGUGGUUUCCACGGCAACAGCUCCUUCUGCUUGGCUGAGGAUGAGGGAGUAGAGAUUGAGGUCCAGGAAGGCUUCCUGUCAUUUGAUGCAGACUUGGUGGCCGACCAGCUGACCUAUAUGGAUGCGUUGUUGUUCAAGAAGGUGAUUCCUCACCACUGCCUGGGCUCCAUCUGGUCCCAGAGGGAUAAGAAACAGAACAAGCACAGUGCUCCCACCAUCCGUGCCACCAUCACCCAGUUCAACGCUGUGGCAGCAUGUGUGGUCAGAACCAUACUGCACCGACAACAGAUCCGCCCACACCUCAGGGCACGGGUCAUCAAGCGCUGGAUAGACAUCGCUGAGGAGUGCCGCAUGCUUAAGAACUUCUCGUCGCUGCGUGCCAUUGUGUCUGCUCUACAGUCCAACCCACUCUACAGACUGAAGAGGGCCUGGUCCUGGGUGCCCAAAGACAGCAUGUCUACGUUUGAAGAGCUAUCAGACAUCUUCUCAGAUCACAACUACCUGACCAGUAGAGAGCUGCUGAUGAGGGAGGGCACCUCUAAGUUUGCCAAUCUGGAAGGCUGUGCUAAGGAGCACCAGAAACGCACUCACAAACGACUCCAGCUGCAGAAGGAAAUGGGUGCCAUGCAGGGGACGAUACCUUACCUGGGCACCUUCCUGACAGACCUGACCAUGUUAGAUACUGCCCGGUCAGACCUAGUAGAGGGGGGGCUAAUCAACUUUGAGAAGAGGCGAAGGGAGUUUGAGGUGAUAGCUCAGAUCAAGCUGCUGCAGUCUGCGUGUAACAGCUACUGUCUUAGUGCUGAUGAUGCCUUCCUGCGCUGGUUCAAGAACCAGCCUCAACACAGCGAGGUGGAGAGCCAUGCUAUGUCUUGUGACAUUGAAGGAGUGGGAGACAGCAGUCCAACCUUACCCAAACUUCGCAAGAGCAUGGUUAAGAGACUCAGUCUACUGUUCCAAGGAGCAGACUCAGCAGGCUGUUCCCCAGUGAGGGAAACACCUCGGUCGCCCCCUACUGGCAGCUCAGGGGAGAGCAUGGACUCAGCCAGUGUGUCGUCCAGUGACUCCAGCCCUUCAGACAGCGAGGGCCUAGGCAUGACACCUAAACACACUUCAGAUGCACAGCAGAACAAGGUGUCCGAGUCUUGCUAUUGCAUUUCUCUCCACUCCAUGGACACUACCUUGUCCUUAGCCAGUGUUCCUGUGACCCCGGCCUCACCCUUCCUCCCUGGCCCACUCUGCAUACACCAUCGCUUGGACUCCCUGACACCCAUGUCCCCCUCCUCUCCCCUGCCCCCUGCCUACAACACCCAGGCUCAGGACGCCUGCAUCAUCAGAGUCAGCCUGGAACAGGGCAAUGGCAACCUCUACAAGAGCAUCAUGUUGACGAGUCAGGAUAAGACUCCAGCAGUGAUCUCUAGAGCCGUGGCCAAACACAACCUGGAGAGUGAGCCUGGGGAGGGAUACGAGCUGGUGCAGGUCAUCUCUGACGAAAGAGAGCUGGUGAUUCCAGACACCGCCAAUGUGUUUUACGCCAUGAACACCUCAGCCAACUUUGACUUCCUGCUGCGUGUGCGAGGCACUGCUGGGCGGUCGGUCCAACUGAGAAGUCGCUACGCCUCCACAUUCCCCCGCGCCCAGCAGCGCUCUAGCCUGUCGCUGCGCCUCUGCAAGGUCACCCUGUGACCCCCAGGGGCACUAUGCCUGGAGGGAACCAUUUAAUUUUUUGUCAUGUAGCAGGCACUCUUAUCCAGAGUGACUUACAGUAGUGAGUGCAUACAUUUUCGGACAUCCGACUGGAUGGGCUGGGAGUGGUGGUGGGAGAGUGAAAAGGACCAGACAUGGGGGAACGAAUUGAAGUCAAUGAGUUUAGACUCUGAAUUCUCUAUUCCAACAUCCCCUUUCCCUAAUCAGACCCCCAUCUCUUAGUGCUCCCUCUCCCAGCAUCCCUUUCAGUAGCAGCCUGUGGCCUUCCCUUUCUGGCACUUCCCCCAAACCCCUAUGGACUAUUAUGGAUGUGUAGUGGGACAGUGGUGCCAUAUAGAUGUCUGUGGCAGAGCGAGACAGUCGUCGUCCCUCCUCUCCACAUGAAGAGGUUUUGCACAGGUAGGAAGAGUGACUCCAGCCCCCAUCAGUAUUGAGCUUUUUUGAUCGACUCUUUUCUUUCCUGUGGAGCCUGUAUGUUUCCUAUUAGAGGGAGAUGGGAGCCUGGACAGAGAGCGAGACUGAGAUGUCCUGUUGCCUUUAUUAACGGUGAUGAAUGAUCGGCUCCUGUGUCGGUGUUAAUCUGUGUGAUUGAUUGACAGGAGCUGUGUGAUGCCUUCUUUGUUUCCAUUAUUUCAUAGUGUGCACUGUGUGUACCUCGCGGGACUGCACCUCUCAUUGUUAGCUGUGUGAUGAAUGCCAGUAUAGAGGCAUUCUGAUAGGUUACUACUUGGUUUUAACAAGUUUUUGUCCUUUUGAUAUUGUUUAGCUGUCCUAUCUCACCUUUAGAGUGUAGUGACAAAUAGGAUGGGUCUCUGUGCGGCCCGGAUUGCGCUGCCUGACGCAGUGAUUAGCAGUCCUAAUAGAGAUGCACUUGUUAGUGGCUAGGUGAUGUCAGGAGGUGGGAAGUAGGUGGAAUGAGUGACAUUGACAUUUUAGUCAUUUAGUAGAUGCUCUUAUCCAGAGAAAUGUACAGUAAGUGCAUUCAUCUUAAGAUAGCUAGGUGGGACAACCACAUAUCACAGUCAUAGUAAGUACAUUUUUCCUGUAUAAAGUAGCUAUCAGAAAAGUCAGAGCAAGUGGGGGGGAGUGUUAGUUUAUGAAAGGUAAUAUAUUGUGGGGGAGGGGGAUUAUUUAAGAUACUCUUUGAAGAGGUAGGGUUUUAGAUGUUUUUGGAAGAUGGGCAGGGACUCUGCUGUCCUAGCUUCAGGAGGAAGCUGGUUCAAACAUUGUGGUGCCAUUACAGAGAAGAGCUUGGACUGGAAUGAGCAGGAGCUGCCCUCCCGUAGGGGUGGGAGGGCCAAGAGACCAGAGAUGGCAGAACGGAGUACUUGGAUUGGGGUGUAGGUUUUGAGCAGAGCCUGAAGGUAGGGAGGGGUAGUUCCUCUUGCUGCUCCGUAGGCAAGUAUCAUGGGCUUGUAGUGGAUGCAAGCUUUGACUGGCAGCCAGUGGAGCUUGCGGACAUGGGAAGAUUGAACACCAGGCAGGCUGCAGGAUUCUGGAUAAGUUGCAGGGGUUUGAUGGCACAAGCAGAGAUCCCAGCCAACAGCGAGUUGAGGUGGGGGUCUGACAUCCAUGCUGAGAUAUCUGCCAGGCACGCAGAGAUGCGUGUCGCCACAUGGGUGUCAGAAAUUGUUGAGUGUCAUCCGCAUAGCAAUAAUAGGAGAGACCAUGUGAGGAAAUGACAGAGCUGAGUGACUUGGUGUAAAAAGAAAAGAGAGGGCCUAAAACUGAGCCCUGGGGGACACCAGUAGUGAGAGUAUGUGGUGCAGACACAGAUCCUCUCCACUCCAUCUGGUAGGAGCGACCUGCCAGAUAGGAUGCAAUCCAGGAGUGUGCAGAGCCUGAGAUGCGUAGCCUUGAGAUGGUGGAGAGGACGAUCUGAUGGUUCACGGUGUCUAAGGCAGCGAAUAGAUCUAGGAAGAUGAGAACUGAGAGAGUCAGCGUUGGCAGUGCGGCAAGCCUCCAUGACACAGAGGAGAGCAUUCUCGGUGGCGUGACCAGUCUUGAAGCCUGACUGGUUGGUUCAAUAAGAUCGUUCUGAGCAAGAGAGUUGGUCAGAGACGGCACGCUCAAUUGUUUUAGAAAUAAAAGAAAGAAGGGAUACCGGUAAAAAAAUGUUUUACAUAGUGUUGGUUUCUAGAGGAGGGUAGCGACUCUGGGCAUUUUGAAGUCAAAGGGGAAUACAGCCAGUGGUCAGGGAUGAGUUGAUGAUUGAAGUGAGGAAUAUAAAUUGUCUGGAGAAAGGAGGUGGUGAUGGGGACGAGUGGGUAGAUUGUCGGGCUGCCGGACCUCACUAGUCUCAGGAUUUCAUCUGGAGAGAGGGGAGAAAAAGGUCAAGGCGUAGGGUAGUUCUGUGUGAGUGGGACCAGUGGACUGGUGGCUGAAUGAAUGAGGAGCGGAUGUCGUCAAUCUUCUUUUCAAAGUGGUUGACAAAGUCGUACGCAAAAAUGGAGGGAGGGGGUGGGGUAUUGAGGGAGAAGGUGGAAAAGGAGUUUCCUAGGGUUAAAGGCAGAAACGUACAAUUUUGAGUGAUAUAAAGUGGCCUUAGCAGCGGAUACAGAGGAAGAGGAGGAAGUAAAAUGAUGAUUGGUCAUUUUAGUUUUCCUCCAUUUUCGCUCAGCUGCCCGUAGCCCUGUUCUGUAACCUCGCAAUAAGUCACUCAGCCACGGAGCAGGAGAGGAAGGCCGAGCCGGCCGCGAGAAAAGUGGAUAUCGCAAGUCAUAGGAUGCGAAAAGUGAGGAGAAUAGGGUCGAAGAUUAGAAGGGAGAAAUGUAUAGGAUAGAAGAGAAGAAAGUAGUGGGAGAGAGAGUGAAGAUUGAGACGGCACAUUAGCAUCUGGGUAGGGGAUGAGUGGGUAGAGUUGGAGGAGAGGGAGACAGAAAAGGAAACACAGUAGUGAUCCGACCUGGAGGGGGGGUUGCCGUGAGAUUAGUAGGCGAACAGCCAUCUGCCAUCAGUCAUCUGCUCCUCUCCUUUUCACCGCUGAACAAAGUUAAGUGUCGUUUUGUUUCUCUUCUGUGUUUUUUUUUAAGGGGAAAACUUGAAGAGGGUAAUGGAAGACAAUGUUUUUAAAUAUGUGAAUUCAGAUGUCAGAAAAAAGCCAGUGCCAGAUUUGCUGUGAUGCAUUUGGAAUCGUGACAGAGGGACACUCUCCCAUUCUUAAUGCUUAGUGUUUGCACAUUACAUUCAUGAGUACUGGGGCUUAUUCAGGACGGUGCAGCGUUAAGGUCUAUCCACAGAUCACUCUAUCAUUUACUGUGUGUGUACUCUUGGGUAGAGUCAGAUUUUCUGGAGCAAUGCGCACCUUUUGGUAACAUGAUACCCUCGCCGGUCCAUGUGUUCCUAGACCCGCGAAUAGCAACAUUCACAAGUGUGCGAUAGCAGAUAUUUUCUUGUCGUCUUCCCAUUUGUAGUAAAGCAAAGAAGAAUCACGUUGAAAACAUCACCACUGAGUUAAUAAGAAAAAAUUAAAACUGCAUGUUUGAAAAAUAGCUACAUUUACAUUACUUAAUUUUGUGCCUGCUAGUUGGUUGUUUAAAAACAGCAAGCAAGCUAGCCUUUUAGCUUCCCACAUCUUCCCAAUGUGAAAUAAUCAGAUUUGUAAUUAAAUAAUGAGGGGGUUUUCUGGAUCAAAAAGUGGCUUAGGGCCUCCCGAGUGGCGUAGUGGUCUAAAGCACUGCAUCGCAGUGCUAGAAGCAUUACUACAGAUCUGGGUUCAUUCCUGGGCUGUGCCACAACUGGCCGGGGCCGGAAGUCCCAUAGGACGGCGCACAAUUGGCCCAGCGUCGUCCGGGUUAAGCGAGGGUUUGGCCCCCCCGGCUUUACAUGGCCCAUCACGCCUAAGCGGCUCCUUGUGGCGUGCCUGCAGGCUGACCCCGUCGUCAUUUGAACGAUGUUUCAUCCGACACAUUGGUGCGGCUGGCUUCCGGGUUAAGCUGGCGGGUGUUAAAGAGCGCGGUUAGGCAGGUCAUGUUUCGGAGGACGCAUGACUCCACCUUCGCCUCUCCCGAGCCCGUUGGGGAGUUGCAGCGAUGAGACAAAAUCGAAAAAGGGGGUAGUACAUUUUUUUUUCUAAAUCUAUUAAAAAAGGGGGGCAUUAGGUGGUGGCUGUGGGCGCUUUCGACCUGUCGACGCGGCUGAAUGUAGUCGGGGCCCUGAGCAAGAACAUUUUAGAGCCUCCUUCUUGGCAGCGGAGAGAAUGUUGCUGUUUUAAAGUAAAUUUCUUACAAUUCUAGUUACAAAUUCUUCCAUAGAGCUUAGAGAAUGUGCAGUUAAUAAACAGCCUUUCACCUCUUUACUCACUUUAUAGCAGCACUGGUGCUUAUUUCUUACAGCAGUUUAAAUUGAUAGAUGUCAAGUUAAUUAUUUUGUGAACUUUGUGCCGAAAGAGGAACAAAAUCUAUGUUUCUGGUUCCAUUUCAACCAGUGUGGCGCAAGAAAUAAUACAUUCCGUUUUAAACUUUGAGUGGAGAACAUCUGCGUAGCAAGCAACGUGGACAGGCCUACAUACUACACAGAGCCACACAUUUUGUGACAAAAAACGACAUUCACGUACGGAGUUAUACUCCGUUUGCAUAAACUGUAAAGUGUGCCGAGCCUUUUACAGGAUGUUCAGUUAGAAAUGUACUGUGCAGAACAGACUGUCAUUCAGAAUAGGCAUUCUAUCUACAACAUUCUGAACAGCCAGCUCCCUGUGCACCGAGCCUCACCCAAACACUCCCCCCCAAUAGUUUGUCACAAACGAUUUUAAUUAGAUUUUCACACGAGCCCACACUGACACUAAUUCAGUUCCUCCUGUGCCUAGGCCUCUACACACCGACACUCACCCCCCUUUUAACGGAAUCCCACAGAUACCGGCUCCCACACACUGCCUAACCAGCAUUAACACCUCCACCCCACCUGUCUAACCCACACAGUGAAACCGGUCCCUACUGUGGUCCCUACCAUAUACACUCCUAUGUUUCAUACCUAUUCUCUCCAUCACACUGGUUAUUACUAUAACGCUCAUUCUCUAAAACUGACAUUCUGGCCAUCUCACUGAGCAGUGUACUGGUCUGUUAUUGGUCAUUCAGUACUAAAUGCUGGGCAAGAUGUACUGUGGUCGAUUCUCCCUGUGUUGAUUCUCAUGCAACACUUGUGAAUUUUCUCUCAUGAACUCAGUUUCUGUGUGUGUCUUCACUGCCAAAAUUCUCUACCUAAAUAAAUGAUCAUUACUAUGAUGUCGUUUAUUUGUUCGACCCUUUAACAACUUAUAAGAUUUACGGAGUUGAACGAUACUUCCAAUUAUUAUUCUGGUACAAACAAGUAGCAUAAAUGGGUUAUUACUAUCUACUUGGUCAUUUCUUUACCAUUAAUUAGUGAUACAAUAGCUAGGUUUCCAUUCAAUGGAUGACAGAUUUUCAUGUGAAUUUUCUCAAAUCUGCAUAAAAACAAAAUGCGCAUUUUCCCACCAGAGAUGUGAUUCCAUCAAAUUGACUUGUUUCAUAUAAAAGGCUGUGCGUGAUGAUGUAGUGCACUUAAAUACCUUUUUGCCGUUAAAUUCCCAUGUACCGAAUAAAAAAAAAAACAAGUUAAAUGGGUUUCCAUCACGUUCAACUCUACUGAUGGUUUUCUCACCAAAAAUGUGCCCACUCUGGUAUUGGCAUGUGCACUCUAGCCAGCAGGGUGCAGUAUAGUCUACAUUAGAUUAUUAUGGACAAAAGAGUGAGAUGUAGUUUUAUUUGUCAAACAGCAGCCCAGCAUCGAUGAUCAUGUCACCAGAAUAAGACCCUCGAUAUUUAUUGGAAAGUCACAUCAAGCUCAUCACCUUGCACUUUCACCACCCUGUGAAGUUCAUCAUGAUGAGAUUCGAACACACAACCUUUGUUAACGCCCACCCAUUCUCCCCAACCAACCACCCUCCUAUCGUUUCUGUCUUAAAACUUCUUAUGGCUGCGAUCCCGUUAACGGGAUCCAUAUGACAACAGCCAGUGAAAGUGCAGGGCGCCAAAUUCAAACAACAGAAAUCUCAUAAUUAAAAUUCCUCAAACAUACAAGUAUCUUAUACCAUUUUAAAGGUAAUCUUGUUGUUAAUCCCACCAGUGUCCGAUUUCAAAAAGACUUUACAGCGAAAGCACCACAAACGAUUAUGUUAGGUCACCGCCAAAUCACAGAAAAACACAGACAUUUUUCCAGCCAAAGACAGGAGUCACAAAAAGCAGAAAUAGAGAUAAAAUUAAUCACUAACCUUUGAUGAUCUUUAUCAGAUGACACUCAUAGGACUAUAUGUUACACAAUUUAUGUAUGUUUUGUUCGGUAAUGUUCAUAUUUAUAUCAAAAAAUCUCAGUAUACAUUGGUGCGUUAUGAUCAGUAGUUCCAAAAACAUCCAGUGAUUUUGCAGAGAGCCACAUCAAUUUCCAGAAAUACUCAUAAUAAACGUUGAUCAAAGAUACAAGUGUUAUACAUGGAAUUUUAGAUCCACUUCUCCUUAAUGCAACCGCUGUGUCAGAUUUCAAAAAAGCUUUACGGAAAAAGCAAACCAUGCAAUAAUCUGAGGUCGGCGCUCAGAGCCCAAUCAAGACAAAAAUAUAUAUUGUGCAGUCAACAGAAGUCAGAAAUAACAUUAUAAAUAUUCACUUACCUUUGAUGAUCUUCAUGAGAAUGCACUCUCAGGAAUCCCAGUUCCACAAUAAAUGUUUGAUUUGUUCGAUAAUGUCCAUCAUUUAUGUCCAAAUAGCUACUUUUGUUAGCGCGCUUGGUAAACAAAUCAAAACUCACGAAGCGCGUUCACUAGUUGCAGGCGAAAUGUCAAAAAGUUCCGUUACAGUCCGUAGAAACAUGUCAAAUGAUGUAUAGAAUCAAUCUUUAGGAUGUUUUUAACAUAAAUCUUCAAUAAUGUUCCAACCGGAGAAUUUCUUUGUCUUCAGAAAAAGCAAAUGGAAUGGGAGCUACCUCUUAUGUGAAUGCGCAUGACCAGCUCCUGGCACUCUGCCAGACUUCUGACUCAAUUCCCUCUCAUUCAGCCCCCCUUUACAGUAGAAGCCUUAAACAAAUUUCUAAAGACGGUUGACAUCUAGUGGAAGCCUUAGGAAGUGUAACAUGACCAAUAUCCCACUGUAUCAUCAAUAGGGGCUGAGUUGAAAAUCGACCAAUCUCAGAUUUCCCACUUCCUGGUUGGAUUUUUUCUCAGGGUUUUGCCUGCCAUAUGAGUUCUGUUAUACUCACAGACAUCAUUCAAACAGUUUUAGAAACUUCAGAGUGUUUUCUAUCCAAAUAUACUAAUACUAUACAUAUAUUAGCAACUGGGACUGAGGAGCAGGCAGUUUACUCUGGGCACCUUAUUCAUCCAAGCUACUCAAUACUGCCCCCAGCCAUAAGAAGUUAACCGACUGUCUUUAUCUGUGAUUGUAAUGCACUGUAUACAAAAUCGUGUACUGCACACAAAAAAAUACUUUCCCACGUUUCCAAUAAGCAAUUUGUGUGUGUCACAAUCUGUGAUACUGGGUUGCUUGAUACACACUGGAAACUGUUGUGUGAAACCCAGCAGCGUUGCAGUUCUUGAUGCACUCAAACCGGUGCUGCUACCAUACCACAUUCAAAGGCACUUAAAUCUUGUCUUACCUAUUCACCCCCUGAAUGGCACACAUACACUGUUCAUGUCUCAUGGCUUAAAAACCCUUAUUUAGCAUGUCUCCUCUCCUACACGGAUUCAGAUUGAAGUGGAUUUAACAAGUGACAUCAAUAAGGGUUCAUAGCUUUCACUUGGUCAGUCUGCCUUAAAAAGAGCAGGUGUUCCUAAUGUUUUGUACACUGUAAAUGUACAAAUUGCCCUUUUGAAUAAUCUUCUACAGAACAGUAAAUUACAAUUCACAUUUGUCAAUACUCGCACUAUCAAUGUUAAAUGAAUCUUUCUAUCCCAUGUGUGAUCAUUGAAAACAUCUCACGAUCAAUACAUUUAUUUUAGAAAUCAAUGUUUCAGAUAUAAUUAUCAAAUGAAAGAAACAUGACAUUUAGCAGGCACUAGUUUGAAUCAAGUCUGUCUUGAGCAUUUGGCCAUAGGUUCUCAUCGACAUAAUUCGCUUCUGUAACAUGCUCGUUGUUCAUGCACCUGAGGAAAAAACGUUUUGGCAAGGCGAAUCCAAGCCUGUCAUAGGUCUGGAUUGACGUCAUUGCUUGCCUCAUUCAUGACCUGGAGUAGGGUGGUACUCUCAUGGGGGUGUCGAUCAUACACCUUCCACCUGUAUUGUGGUCAUGUAUUUUAGUGGUCCUGUGUGGGUUACGUAGUAAGAGCAUGGCACUAGCAACAGCAGAGUGGUGGGUUCAAUUCUCACUGGGGUCACCUACAAUAAUGUGUGGACUCACUUGUUGCUUUGGUUAAAAACUUCUGCUACGUAAAUUGCAUAUGUUACGGUAUUACAGUACUGUGUUGGCCAAUGCAAUAUUAGAAAGCAGUUUGAAACACCACACAAAGACCCCAGCAACUUCAUUUUGGAUACAUGUUUACUGUAUAGGGGAUGCAUUAGAUACAAUACAUCUGAUCUUAAUAUCAGAUUUAUUUGAACUUACUGAAGUAAAAUCAUUCAUAAUAUUACAUUACAGUAUAUCAUACUUUAUGUUCAUACCUUAAACAUACAUUCAUUAUUCUCAAAAUGUUGCAGACAAACCAUUAUAUAGGUUUACCAAAUGGUAAAGUGAUUAUCAAUUAAGAGCAGUCUGAUUAAGUCAAUUAAAUGUAUUUAAACAAAUGAGAAGACAAUCAUAUCAAAAGUAAUGUGAGCAUUGCAUUGUGAAAGGCAAUUACUUCAUAUGAACAUGUAUUUCUAGAUGAAAAACGGACUGUAUGAUUGCGUUGUACUUAGUCAAUCGAAUAAUGUGCUAAGACUUGUGAAACUGCCUUUUUAAUGAUCUUUUUUGAGUUUGGUACAAAGCGUUGUGAAAAUGUACAACAUACUUGUGAAAAUUGCACCAAAGGGAUAAAAUAAAUCAUUAAAAAACUUA